AUGGGUCAGGCUGUCUUCAAUGCCGACAACAACACCCUGCCUAGCGACAAGCGUUCCAGAUCCCAGCCUCAACGUACCACGCACUGGGAAUCCUCUGGGCCGCCUCAGGAUUCCAGCCCCCCUUAUCGCCAAGGUGACACUUUCCGGCUGCCUGGGCCCGACUCGGUCGAUGCACCAUUCGAGCAACGCAUAAUUGACGCAGGGAAAGGGCCUCAAGUCGACUCUAUUGACCUGGUAUCGGUCCUUCCUACGCCGCUUUACGAUGAUGCAGGCGCGGAAGACGCCGGUGAAGAUGGUGGCCAAGAACUUGUGCCUCACCGCCAAAUAACACCGGACUCUUCCGAGCUUUGGGACUACAACUUCGGUCUGCCGGGGCCCUUUGGUCUCGAUCUCUGCAAGACGCCUGGGGAACGUAUUGCGUACAUUUUUUUUUUCCAAUGUGUGUCACGAAUAAUCCCGGCUUCUGAUGGUCCUGGAAGCGGCUACCGUGAGCUGGCAGCGCUUGCAUUGACCUCUCCGGUCCUCAUGGAUACUGUUCUAUCCGUGUCGACGAGAUAUAUGAGCCAUCGUGGUAGAAUCCCGGACUCCCUAGCCUUGUCACGCCAAUCACGGGCACUGAGAACGCUACGGGAAAGUCUCGGCUCCCUUCUGGGUGACCAUUCCCAAUCGGAUGACCUGAUGUCGCUCUCAACCACGCCUUUGGCAUCUGCCAAGAGGCUGGAGAUACUGGCAGCGAUAGCUUUGCAAUUCACCAUUGAGAUGAUGGCUGGAAGCUCAGCUACCAAGACACACCUUCGAUGCGCGGUUAAUCUUCUCAGGGAGUUGGGGUGGUUGAAAGAGAGACCAGACUCCUUUAUCGGAAGGAUGCUCGUCUUCCGCGUAGCAUUUGUGGAUAUUGUAAGCUCUUUGCUAUGGUAUCAGCGGUCUCUGUUACUUCCGGACUUCUGGCUUUUCCAUCCAAACGACGCUGGAGGGGAUAUUUCUCGUCCGUCACUUCAAGAAAUGACAGGUUGUCCGCCUCAGCUCUUUUGCUUCUUGGCAGAAAUCUCUCACCUGGCCUCUGAUCCUGAGCGGGAUCUUUACAGUCAGGACAAAAUGGCAAAGGCGUACGAGAUUGAGACAGCCUUGAGGAUAUAUGGGUCGAAACAACUCGCGAACGACGUGGCCACUCUGCAUCCGUCAGUAUCGCAUCUGGAGACCCUGAGCAAGUGCUAUUACUGGACAGCCCAUAUCCUGUUACAACGACGCGUCUGCCUUGACGCCCGGACCUCACCUCGGGUCCAGUUCGCAGUCAACAGCCUGAUUUGUCUCAUGGACUCUAUGCCUAUCGGAUGUGGUCCAGACUCUUCCUUGUCCCUUCCACUAUCUGUGGCAGCUCAUGAAGCAAUCGACGGGCAGCAGCGCAAUUGCAUCAUCAAGAAAGGUAGGCUUCUCGCGGCAGAGUAUCCGUCAAAGACGAGAGAUGUGAUGAAUGAUUCUUUUGAAGCCAUCUGGGCAGACAUGGACCGUUUCCAUUCGACUGGAGAAGAAACGUGGCGGCCGAACGACACGGCCGACCAAGAUUUUGUACGGUCGGAAACACUAUUUAUAGCCUGA